AUGAAAAAUUGGCGAUUAGAAAGCAAUGGCGAGAUGCUAAACGCAAUAAAAAAGAGGAAAAGAAAAUACAGUCGAACCUACAAAAUCCCCUACUACUCCUUUAAGAAAAUACAUAUAUCUGAAUCUAAACAGAAGAUAAGGAAGAAAUUAUUAGAAACUCGUGUUCUAGAAGAGUCUUUAAAGGAAACCUAUAAUGACAGUAAAUCAAACGAAGAAAAAAACGUUUUAAAGAAACUUCUUGUCAGUGAGUCGAGAGAGAAUGUACAGUGUGGUAUGGAAAUAAACUUAGCUUUGCUUAUGCAGCAGAUACUUAAGAAGUAUCUUAGCUUGAAAGGACCACUAAAAAUUAUGAGUAUGGAAAAUCCAAUACACGCAAAACUACAAAGAAAACUGUACAAGAAGAAAAAAUGGGUACAUUAA